AUGGGUAUUAAAAACUGUGGGAAAUCAAUAGCACGUUGGCUGACAGUACUGACGGUAUCCACACUUCUGUCCAUUGCAGAAGGAAAAACCUUGAGCAAUGCUUGCAGUGACUUGAAUUGUCGUGAAGUUCCGGAUAGCCGCGAGGAUUGGUGCGAAACGCCAGGAUGCGUGCAUGCCGCAUCCGCACUCCUGAAGAACAUGGACCAGAACGUCAAUCCCUGUGAAGAUUUUUAUCGAUACGCUUGCGGUGGCUUCGUCAAGCAGACGAUCUUACCUGAUGAUGAGUUUGAAAUGAAUUACUUUAAAAUAAUAAAAAAGAAAAUACACGAGCAGCUGAAAUUCAAAAUUCGGGACGAAAAAGAUGACGAACCGAGACACAUCAGACUGAUGCGAGAUUUCUACGUAAGCUGUUGGGAUAGAAUCGACACAGAGGACGCGGAGAAAGCAAUUCUUCAAGCAAAAUUGCACGAACUCGGUGGAUGGCCAGUCCUUUCCGGUGAUGCCGGUGCAUGGGAUGAAAAUGAAUUUGUUUGGACGAACGCUAUUUACAAGUUUCGAGAUGCUGGUCUCUUCUACAAUGGUCUCUUAACGCUCGCCGUCGGACCAGAUGUGAAAAACUCUACGAAGAAUGUAAUCUACAUUCAUCAAGCAACAUUAGGACUUGGUCGGCAACAUUUUUUACGCUUUAACGAUAGGAAAUAUUGGGCAUAUAAACAGAGCAUGGUCCUAGUGGCUGUAAUGUUUGGUGCUAGCCCGGAAAAUGCGAAGCAGGAUCUCGAUAAAUCAUCGGCUUUCGAAGCGGAACUAGCAAAUAUUUCGUUGCCAGGCGAGGAUUAUCUCAACAUAUCUCGAACUUACAAUCCAAUGACACUAAAGGAAUUAUCAAAAACGUACAAAAGCAUACCGUGGGAAGAAUAUUUCAACGGAUUGUUACCCUCGCCACUGACUGUCGAGGAGGACGAAGUCAUCCUCGUGAGCGCACCGAGCUACGUUGAAAAAUUGGAAAAACUGCUCGCUAAAACCCCGAAGAGAGUCUUGGCAAACUACUUAAUGUGGAGAGUGAUGCAGCCUUUUGUGGAUCAUUUGAAUGACUUACCUUGUCAGCGAGCAGGCAACUCAACUCGUUAUACCAUAUUGAUGAAGAUACGAGCGAGAUCUGACUCGUGUGCUAAAGCGGCUAUUGAGAAAUUUCCGCUGAUCGCCGGUGCUAUGUACGUCAAGAAUUACUUCGAUAAUCGAACGAAGGAAAAUGUUUCGGAAAUCGCUUCGAACGUCAGAAGAGAGUUGGAAAAUAUUUUGAUGGAGGCCUCCUGGAUCGACGAUACGUCACGAGCAACGAUGCUGGAUAAAGUCAGAACGAUGGUCAGCCACAUCGGCUAUCCCGACGAGUUGUUGAACGACGACAAGCUCGAUAAGUUUUACGAGAAACUUAAUUUUUCCGAAAAUAGUUAUUUCGAAGCUAAAUUGAAAUUGAACAUAUUCGAGAAUGACUAUUCGUUGGGUAAACUACGCGAGCCCGUAAACAAAACUGAAUGGAUGUCUCAUGGACAGUCUGCUGCCGUUAACCCGGCUUUUCAGCAAGCGGAAAAUAGUUAUCAAUUCCCAGCUGGCAUUCUUCAAGAUGUUUUUUUCAGUAACGACAGACCGAAUUACAUGAAUUACGGUGCCAUAGGAGCUAGUAUUGGUCACGAAAUGACGCAUGGCUUCGAUGACAUUGGCAAGCAACUUGACAAAGAUGGCAAUCUCGUUGAAUGGGCACCUUACACUGAAAAACAUUGGAAUUCGAGUGUCCGAUGCUUAACUCAACAGUAUGCAAACUUCACCGUUUCAGAAUUGGGUCUAAGACUGGACGGUAUGAAGAUGAAGAAUGAAAAUUUCGCAGAUAACGGGGGUAUCAAAAUUGCUUAUAAAGCAUACGAGAGUUGGGUCGCCAAGAACGGACCAGAGAAAAAGUUACCCGGAAUUCAUUUAACCCCGAAGCAAAUAUUUUGGUUGAGCUUUGCGAACGUCUGGUGCGAGAAAAACAACCCCAUUGCUUUCCGCUCGAAAUUAGCCUCCGCUGCACACAGUCCUGGAGAGUUCAGAGUUCUUGGUACGUUUGCAAAUAUGCCGGAAUUCGCUAACGACUUUCAAUGUCCCGAUGAUUCAAGAAUGAAUCCCAGGAAGCGGUGUCUCGUUUGGUGA